AUGGCACCGCAAUUCAAGAAGCUCACUGACUGCCCGGAAAAUCUCCGGGAGGCCAUCGACUGGCUGAUACAGGUCAGGCAUGGGAAUGGUAAUGGUGAUGGUCUUGAGCAUUUGGGCAAAGCUUUGAAAAAGUUGAUUGAGGAGGCUAUUCAGAAAGCUUACACCACUAAUUUUGAUGCACUUCUCAACAUUCUCAAUUCCGUCAAGUCUUACACCUGUUGUAAAGAGAAAGUGGCUAAAAUUGAGGCACUUAAGAACCCUAAAAUGCUUGCCCAAAACAUCUUUGAAGACCUUAAGCAUUUCUGUGAAAGCAUUAGAUAUUGCUCUGAAAAUCACUUAGAAUCUUCCCAACAAAAGUCCUUUGGUGACAUUACCUCCAAGUUGGAACAGCUUGCUAAACUUAAAGAGGGUCUCACUGGAUUCACUAAUGAGACUCAAUGUAAAGAUUUACUUACUAACCUUUGUACUGGCCUCGAAAGUUUCCUCGGCUUCAACAAAGAUUCAAAAGGCUACGACGGCAGUGGUAUUGUGUACUCUGACUUGGAUAGGCUGUGUGACGGGGUUAUGGCGUUUUUGAAGGGGGUGUUGGAGGGUGUGGAAAAUGAAGAUGCGGUAGGGAAAUACGUCGUUAAUGUUGAUGAGAUCAUAAAGUUUGUCAAUAAGAAAAUUGGUAAUGGACAUGCGGGAUUUAUUUCUGCAAUCACCAGUGUGGAAUCCACGUUGUCGAUGUGGAAUAACAUGUUGACACAGCGAACUAAUGAGGUUAAGGGUCAAUUAGGUGAGUUGAAGGAUAAGCAUAUAAAUAAGUAUUCGCAGAAUAUUGAAGCUGUGAAAAACAAUGGUUGUACAGCGAUAAAUACUUCAUUAAUGCAGUCUAUUGUUAAACUCAAAGCAUUUAUGACUAACAUUAGGAAAAAUGAUAAAGGAUUUAAUGGCCUUGAUACUGGUUUACAAGAUAAAUUGAAUGUGCCGCUAGAGAAGGUAGAUGAUGGGAUCAAAAUUUUGCAGAAUGCUACACAGGACGACGACUUUAUAAAGGCCGUCUACGUUGUCCAGUCAACCUUUGCCAAAUUGCCCAAAGAAAUUGAGAGUUCCAUAUCGGAGAAUGUUAAGAGUACUAUUAGUGGGCAUGAGAGUGCGGUGGGUGUACUCAAAGAAACUGUAAAAAAAGAAGUUGAAAAAUCUCGCGACGCAUUUCUCACCGAACGCCUUGCCGUUUUCAAAGAGGAUUUGGUGAAGGCCAUUACUACGUUCAGUAAAAAUGCAUACAACCUGGGAGGUUUGAAGAAUAAGACGGUUAGACAGGCGAUUGAGGCAAUUGAAAAGAAAUUGGCGAAACUUAAUAAUGGCGAGGAGACUGUUGAAGACUCUGCAAAGUUGCAAGAAUUAAGAACUGUGACUGUCAUCCCCCAGACGAAGAGUAUUAAAGAUGCACUUAAUGAGCAUGCAGGUGAAAUUUCUACGAAGUUGAACACUUUGGAUGAUUCUAUUGACGCACCGCAAAACUUAUUUAGAACAUAUGAAAAUGAUUUGCUCAGGUUGGUUGAAAAAGCUAAUGACGAUUUGCAAAAGGCUCUAAAAUGUGCCCGGGACAAUGCUAAGAAUUUGGGUGGGUUAAAUAAUAUUGCGGUUAAGACGGCUGUACAGCAAAUUCAAGUGAAAUUGGAUGAUGCUGAUAAUAUAACCAGCAUGGAGAAGCUUAAAAAAUUAAAAACCGAUCUAAUGGAUAAGGAGCAUAUUGUAACCAUUACGGAUGCACUUAAUCCGAAAGGCAGCGCCGUCAACAAUACGAUUCGGGAUGCAUUGAAUCAUAUAGAAAAUCCCGAAAUUGUUUUUGCAACUCAUAACAAAGAUCUAGAUACGUUAACUGAAAAAGCAAAAGCCGAUUUGGUGGCCGCCGUCACCAACGUCACGGAAUACAUAGAGACCCACGGUGGGAUGAACAAUAAGAAAGUUAAGGCCGCCUUAGACAAAAUUGAAUCAGCGUUACAGGAGUUUGAAACGCUAAGUAUAGGUGUAGAGAGUUUGUUUCGCGUAGUCAAUGCAGUUGAUGAAGAGAUUAGUGGGAAAGUUCCAAGUGUGGCUGCCCUUAGCGGUCUUCAAGCCAAAUUGACCGGUGAACUGGAAAUUCUAAAACAAAGAGUUCGUACGUUGAGCGAUAAGAAUACAACAGAAUUAAAAUCUCUCAUAACAUCUACCAGGUUGUAUAUUACUGAUGCGAUAUACAUAAUCGAGUGUUUCGGAACAACUUCUGAAGGGAAAAAAGAGGAGGAAGUUCAUGGUGUAAUAGGGCGCUUAGAAAAGCAGUUAAAGGAGCUCGAUGAUCCGUUUAAAGGUAAGAAUUUAAGGGGAUUUCAUAGUUCCGUUAAUGAACAUCUUGCAAAACUUAAAAGUGAUAAUGUUGAUUUUCAAGGCCAAGGCCUCCCACAACUAAAAAACCCACAUAUGCCAGAUAUUAGUCAAAAACUGAUAGAAGCACGUGAUGCUGCCUUGAAUCCUCUGCUGGAUAGGGCGAAGGGUGUCGUUGAGAAGUAUAUAACGAAUGCUGAGAAUUACAUCAAUAUUUCUAGGACCACAUCUCUAAACGAAUUUAGAGAAGCAUUAGGCAGGUUAAAAGGAAACAUUCAAAAACUUAAUGCGAAUUCCGUGUUGACAGACUUUGAAUCACAGCUGACAGAAGUUAAUAGUCAGUUUGAUAGUGCUAGAGAUAAUCCACAAGGUGCGGCCCAGGCCUUACUCCCACACUUUCAAGAAUACAUCGCACAAAUUAAGAGACAAAUUAGGCAGACAUUCAUACACGCGCAAUCUACUGCCUUCCAAACGGCAAUCGACAUAUCCAGGGUAGAGGUUGGUGCUGUAGUUAGCAAAGCUAAGAAGGCGAUUGAAGCAGCUUCACAGGAGUAUCAGGCGGCAAUGAAUGGCCCACGUUCGCGCAUUGAUAAGGCGGUUAGUGAUAUUAAAGAGAAAGCUUCAUCCGACACGCUUAACACUGUUACCUCUAAUGUCUCCCCAGAUUUUGAAAUCAUCAUACAAGCCAUAAAGCAAAAAUCAGUUUUCUCCGACGAUUCAAAUGAACGCCAGAAAUAUUUCAACGAACUUCAAGGGCUCAUCACUAACACAACAAACACUCUGUCUGAGGCGUACAAAAACGCGUACAGGAGUGCAGCGAAGUCCUAUCUGAGCGGAGCGAUUGGUAAGAUUAGGGUGGCGGUCACUAAAGCAGAGGAUCAAUAUUAUCAGGCGAUUCAACAUGUAAAUUUCGAUUUAACCCAGAUUAGUCAUGACAACUUCACGAAAGAAACGGUGCGAACUUCAUUAAGUGCAACACUCACUAAACCAUUCGCAACAUUGCUCCCCAAAGUUGUAGAAUAUUCUGCAUUCAGUAAUGAUUGUAGUGAACGUGUAAAUUGUUUCACUCAGCUUCAAAGUUUAAUAACCAACAAAGUAUCCACUCUGACUGCCGCCUACAAAAGUGCUUAUCAAAGUACUGCUAAGACGUAUCUCAGUAAAGCAAUAGGUAUGAUUAAGCAUGAAGUUGUUGAGACAGAGAAGAAGUAUAAAACGGUAGUUGCUGGUACUGUUAUGGAAAUCGAGAACAUUAUUAUUGGACUUAAAGCAGAUGCAUUCAAAAAUAAAAGAGCUCAUUCUGCAUUGAAAACGUUAUUUGAUGCGCCAUUCAGGGUUUUGCAAUCUACAGUCCAGGAAUAUUCCGCCUUUAAAAAAGACUUAGAUAAUCGUAAAACAUGUUUCUCAAAGCUUCACGAUUUAAUCGCCCACAUGGUUCAAACACUCGUUGAAGCCUAUGAACUGUUUGACAGGUGCGCAAUAAAGGCAAUAGAUCACCUUCGCCAGUCAUUCGAUGAUGCGAAAAGCAGAAUUGAUAGACUGGGAGUAGAUGUGAAAGAAAAAGUAAGAAAGGCGUUCGACAAGGUUAUUGGGGAGGUUUACGAUAUGUUCUCCAAAGACAAGAUCGCGCUGUUAAAAUCUUUGAGAAUCUGCGUUGAGGAGCAGAGAAAAGAAGUUGAAAGAAUUAUUGGCGUUGACUUAAAAAAAGGGGUUAAAGGAUUACUACAGUUGCUGAAAAUAUGGCUUGAUAAGAAAAGUGGUGACCUUAAAAACGCUCAAAACUUGAAAUCGUUGGCUGACCUAUUUAAACACCUCAACAAGCAUCUUUAUAGGUAUGUUAAAUUUCAAUAUGACGGAUUGGAAUUGGAAGAUGAUAGCGAUGACGAUGAUGAUGAUUCCCUAUCUUCCACCCCUGCUGUCCGACUAGUCCCACCCCCGAUUUCCGGUGGCAGUUAUAGAGCGAGACCGGCAGAACCUACCUCUCAACCUAAGGGGAAUCCACUAGGUCGCGUCGGCAUGCCUUAUAAGACAGCGUCAACAGACCAGCAGCAUCCUUCGCAGCCCACCAAGAACCCCAUUGCGGAUCAUCUUGACAGGCUUAAGGUGCAUUCCGACAGACUUUUUGGCACACUUUCCGCCGGGUACUUUAGUAGAUCAUUCGCAACAAAAUUGGAGGAUGUAACAGAGUUCCUCAGCUCCAUGCGCUCUUCAAAUUUUGCAGGUAUUGGCAGUCCAUUAUUCGACAUCCUCACGUUAGGGCUUCAGUCUCUGACUCACGAACUUGGGAAGGCAUAUAUAUCGGCGUAUGAUACUCAGGCGUACAAUUUCCAAUGGGAUACUGAUAGAAAUGCAGAGAACUGUGCCAAGUCAUUCUUCACCCUUCUGAACAAUGUCUACGAAGAUAUGGCCACGCUGAAAGAGAAGUGCGUAGACAAAUCCAAAUAUGGUUGGAAAGACAAGAAAAUUUGUAAAACUCAAAAAGGCACAGGAAAUUCACUUGGCGCGUUUUUCGAGAGGUGCGGAUACAGGGUCCCUACUGAUGACCAAGGCAAACAGGACGGGCAGUUGCAGUGUAAGGACAACAUGAAGGGUUCGGAUAUACGUGAGAAACUGGUUGAGUCGAUGAUUGACACGCUUAACAAUUCGCAUCUUAAUGCGUGCAUCAAGCAAAAAUACUAUCCAGAACAGACGGCAAGAACGAUGUAUGAUCUCUUCGACUUACUUAAAUGCCUAUUCCAUCACCUCGACGAGUACAACGAGGUCUGCCACCUCGCAAUAUUCACCGCACGUAGGAACCCGUGCAGCGUUUAUGACAUGUUAAUCUGGCUGACCGGUCUACCAUACAACGUCGCACGUCCUGCAAUGAUGCGUGAAGGUAUCGGUGGUCUGCUUGAAAAUCCAAACAAGGCACUUGGUGGCGACGAUGAUGGCCUUUUGGCAUAUGAGUUGGACGACUUCUACCUCGAUGCUCAUCCAAGUAAGAUCACGUAUCACGAUAUCGAUUACACGAUUCAUCACAUCAGUUCAAGCGCGUACGACAUUAUCACUUGCAUAAGUGGCACCGGUGACGAUGCGACAUUCUACGGCAGCGACCUGUGCAACAACUCCUUCAAAUUCAAGUAUCCUACAUCGGGUGAGGAAUGUCUCGAUAUGCUUUUGGACAUCCUCCGAAGACUGUUCCCGCCACUUAAAUUCUUGUUGACGCAGUGCAGUUAUCCGGCCAAUCUUAACGGUUGGUCACAGUGUGAGUACGGCAAGAACGUCUCCACUACUAAGUGGCCGUGUAAAAAGCACUCAACGUGCCGACGAAAUGGCCAACCAAAUUGUGAACCAAAAUCACCACUUAUGUCAUACUUGAACGACUGCCUACCGGGCCAUCUUCCGCACCAACUAACCGAUAUUGGUUGCAAGUACAAAUGUGACACCUGCCCUACAUCAACGCCUGGACAACCAUGUUUGACGCCACUCGGUUUCCGCGGUUUCUCAGGGUCCACGAAAACAGGUAAAGAUAUAUGCAGAGCGCUGAACAAAUUCUUUGACGAUCGCAACCUGUCCGCCCUGUUUGGUCUCAGCACCAAGACGCCGACCACUCUACCUGAACACUUCGGCUUCGUAUCGUGUCUUGUCAAGGGAUGGGUACAGAAAUCAAAAUUGGUAGGUGAUAACAUACAACAAACGUUCCAUAAAUCAAUAUCCAGCCGCUCUAUAUCAUUAUAUAAGGAACCCAGUGAAUUGACUGAUGCGCUCCGCAAUGCUUACGGUGACGCACGGCCUGCUCAUGUUGAUCAGAGUCAUCUGGCUGCAUAUGCGGCGUUAUCACAUCUGUCAAUGACAACGUGCAGUGAUCCCAACCAAAAAGCAUAUUGCGCUCCGUAUAUUACAUCGCUAUGCGGAGAUUCAUACACGUGUCUGCCAUUUAAAAACUCUAAUACCUAUUUGUCGUGGGCAGUAUAUCUCCCAUGGGAUUUCUGGCAGCUACUCAACAAUUUCUACAAUGACUUUUGCGAUAUGUUGUGUCAAGAUUGGGGAUGUCGCACGUGUUUACGCGCUGAUAAAUGCAGACGUGGUAAGCAUGGCCUGGUAGAAAAACUUGAUAAUAAGGCUGACAGCCCUCAUUGCAAAUGCCCAUCCAUGGUACAGUGUAGAGGGGUCUCACCGACACUCUAUCGGUAUGGAUUUGUAUUUGGUGAGGCCUCAACGCUGAGUGACGGAAACUCCAAAAAGCUCUGCUCUGAUUUCUGCACUCAAUUGGGCAACGUGCUUAAUUCGCAAUACUUUAAAGACCUAUUCACAAAAUGUGAUGAAUACCUACUUGCCAUCCGUUUCCCAUUCAUGACCUUAACUCUAGCGCUCUGGCUCCUCUCUCUGUUGUACCUCCUCCACAUCAUGGUCAUCCGCCUAGACCUGCUCCACAUCAAAUCGCAUUUGCACUCACCCUCAUCACAUCGCAUCGCCGCGCAAUCACUACUCGCCGCGGCACGUGUCAACAAACUUGCCAAGAUCACCUACCUGCAACCUUGA